AUGGCAGGAGUGGUGCAGAAGUUCUUCAUCACUUCAAUGCUCAUGUGGAUUGCUCCAAUUGCGAUCCUGUAUGCAUUUAACAAUAACUUGCUUCCCGGUAUAACCCAGAUGUCCCCACAUUCUCUGACGUUGGUGAGUGGAUUCGUUGCUGUCGUAUCAGUUAACAUCGUCAUCGCAUUCUACAUUUUUAUGGCGCUGAAGGAACCUGUGGAUAAACACGAGCCCGAUGCUGCAUUCGUCGCUCAGGCCAAAGACAGCGUAAAGAAACUCACUGGUAAUAAACCCGUUGAUUCUCCAGAGUCCUCGAAGAAAGAAGAGUAG